CUUUUCCUUUCUCCAUGGAAUCUGGGCGCACUAAAACGAUAAAAGAACAAAUUUUAACAGUCAAAUAAAACAAUAGCAACAAAUAACGGUAUAAAAAUGAUUUUGCGCUCCUGGGACCGGGUAAAGCCACGUUCCUUGUCGGAUUUUGCUGCCUUUUUGCUGGUGGCUGUGUUUGUGCCGGUGACAUACAUAUUCCAAAUCGUCAUCGUCCUGCCGGAACUGUUUGUCAUCGGUGGCGUCUGCUACACAGUCCUCUGGGUGGUCAGUGUGUUCCUCAUCUUCAACCUGACGUCCAACAUGCUGGCCUGCAUGCUAGUGGACACCAGCAUAAGGAUGGAGCUACUAAAGCCACCGGUGGAGCCCGGUAAGCUGGCCCGGUGGCACAUGUGCCACGAUUGUCAGACGCUAGUGCCGCCCCGCUCCUGGCACUGUGAGGUGUGCAACGUGUGCGUACUGAAGCGGGAUCACCAUUGCCGAUUCACCUGCUGUUGCAUCGGGCACCACAACUACCGGUACUUCUUCUUCUACUUGGUGUACAUGAUUAUCGGAUCCUUUGUGGCGGCCAUCACGCAGAGCAUUUACCUAUGGCACCUCCAUCUGGACAUUUACUGGCGCUGGUCCACGCUGUUUAAUGUAUUCGCUCCCAUGGUUAGUGUGAUGCUUUACCCCAGCUGGGAGAGCUUCUACGUGGUCAUCUAUGAUCUUACCCUGUUGGCCUUUGGCAUAUCAUCCCUGCUGCUCAUCUUCCACUGGUCAAUCAUCAGGAAUGGGUCUGUGACCAUAGAGCGUGGCACCAGGAAGUAUGAUCGCGGCCUGAGAGGCAAUCUGGAGAUGGUGCUCGGCAAGAGGAUGCAUCUCACCUGGCUGUCGCCCUUCGUUCGCAGCGAUUUGCCGCACGAUGGCGUGAACUGGGAACCCAAUGCUGCUGCCUUGCCAAAGGAGGACUAGUCAAUCUUGUGGAGCAAUUCAUAGUAUUAAUGGCAUUUAUAUGGAGGAAACCUUUACAACGAUUUACGAUUUACUUAAGCUAUAGCAUAUUUUUUAAAGCCCUCUAGUCAAUAUUUGAAUACUAAUCUCAUUAUGUAUGUAAA